AUGGAUACGUUUACAAGUCCACCCGCUCCGGUCGUCAAAUACCACAUCGUUAAUUUCGUUUCAGCCAAGUCAAUUGAAAAUUAUAUUCAAGACUCCAUGGAACCGUUUAUGGCACUUGCCUAUUUCACCUCAUCGCAAGCACAAGACUUGAAAUCGCUAACGUUUGCUGCUCACUCGACGGUACUUGAUCAAGCUACAAACAAAGUACAAGAAAUAAUCGAAAUACAAGAUGAAGAUCCUAUUUUGAUGCUGGAAAAAGCCAAAAACUUUGCCAAAGAGUUUCUAGGAAUCAUUGAGAACCAGAAAAGAAAGUUAAGUGAAGAAUAUGAACUAGAUCUACAAGCCUACACAAAAGAAAAAAUAUACAGCAGACGAUUUUCAGUUUAUCGAAAGCAUGUCAGUACCAAACAAGCCGAGAAACUGGAAAAAGAUUUAUGA